AUGGUGACUAGUAUAUUAGGACUAUCAAUACAUGUAGGUCUAUAUAUAUUUAUUGAUGCUAUUAAAUUUUGGAGUACGGAAUCUAGAGGAAUAAAUUAUUGUAAUUGGGAUGGUCAUCUAUAUGGAUUAAUAGGGUUGAAUAGAUUAGAUAGUAUAGAAGUUUUGCAAGCUAUUCGUUUAGUUGGAUUAGAUUUUUUAGUAUUUUUUUGUUCAGUUGCUGUUUUAGUAACAUGUGACAAACUUCAAGAUGUUUCAGCACCAUGUGAAGGUCAAGAACAAAUGGAUGCCGCUACUCUAAAACCAACAUUACAAAGGAAAAAGCGCACUUCAGAAUUUUUUUUAUUAUUAGGUGAAACAUUAGUUCUUAUAUUCAUGGCUGGAGCUGGUAUUCUUCAACCUUCUAUAAUCUCUUCAGUAUAUUUUGUAGCAUUUCUUGCAAUAUGUUCAUGGAUAGCAUGUAAUUUAAAAUUGGGUCAUAGAUAUGCUAUUAGCAAAGUACCACUUCUUAUUUAUUGUGCCACUCACUUCACAAUUAUAUAUAUAUAUCAGUUUGAUUUUGCACAGCAAUUAAUUCCACACCAAAGUCUUUAUGCAAGGUUAGUUUUCUCGCCACAGCGAUAUUCCUAUAAAUUAUUAUUAUCUUUUAAGUUCUGCCUCAUUAUUUUCUGUCUGAUAUUUUGUAUCCAGUUUUCAGAGAUUUUAUUUGUUCAGGUAAGAGAGGAAAUACAUAAAGUGGAGAAUGCGGUAGCACGAGGUGAUUCUCAAAGAUCUACUAGCAGUUUAUUACGACGUCGUAUACAUAAAAGAGAUAGGGCAGCAAGUCAAGAUGACAUGAGGCAAUAUGAUGAACAUACGCUAUUAUUGGAAAAUGAUCAUACAGGAAAGUCUUACAGAACAACAGAUAAUGCAGGACAAAAUAAUUCACUUGAAUUAGAUCCAAAUGGGAGUAUUAUUUGGUCAAGUGAAAGUGAGAUGAGAGAUGGAAAUGGGGUACCUGAUGAAACAACAACAGUUACAUCAGGUGGUGCAACUAGUAAAUACAAUAAAUUAUUCUCACCUUUCAUUUUUUUCUUCAGACUUAUUGUAAAAGGAAGUUAUGUUGCAACAUUGGUAAUUAUGAUGACUUGGAGUAUCACUUAUCAUAGUUGGCUGACUUUUGUUCUGCUUCUCUGGUCAUGUACUUUAUGGAUGAUUCCUAAUUCACGCCGAGCAUGUUUAUAUUCCUCGCCCGCUCUAGUAAUAUAUGCAGAAUUACUACUCAUACUUCAAUACAUUUAUAGUUUUGAUUUGACUGAAAAAGAACUUCCAUCAAAAGUAGAAGGUGUAAAUCUAGCUCAGAUUGGAUUAGUAAAAUAUCAUGCUUUAUCAUAUCAACCUCUAGCCAUUAAGAUUUUAUAUACAAUAAUGUUUUGGAUAACACUUCAUCAACGUAUAGAAGAAGGACGAAGGAAUUCUGAUCGAAGAUUGUCCGAGAGUGUAGUGCUUGAACCAUUUAAUAUAUCAUACAGUACAUCUCAACCAGGAGCACCAAGACCAGAAAUGCAAAGGCAGUUAAGUACAGUAACAUCAAUUAUUACAGCUCCUAAUCAAUGCUUGCAAUAUUUGGGGGAAGUUAUAAAAAAGUUUAUGACCAAAUUUUGGAUUUGGAUUGUUGCAUGUAUGCUCAUGGUCAUAUCACUUGGAGGCUCAAAUGUUGUAAUUUAUAGAAUAGUUUACAUGUUCCUCUUCAUCUUCUUCAUAUUAAUAUUCCAGUUUUCAUAUCACAUUUGGAGACGCAUCAUGUAUGGAUUUUGGCUCACUGUAAUUGUCUAUUCUAUGAUAGUCCUGAUUUUAAUUUAUACCUACCAGUUUCAAAAUGUUGAAAAGUACUGGAUAGAAUAUUUACACGUGUCAAAAGAAUUACAGUAUGAUAUUGGAUUGGAAAAAUAUGGUUCUGACCCAUGGCCAUUAUUUCUUAAAUUGCUCACUCCUACUUUCUUUCUAAUCAUCACUAUUAUACAACUUCAUUAUUUUCAUAAAGAAUUUCUUUUAAUAAGUAAUUUAGACUUCAGACCAGUUGAAAAUGAAGACAAUAAAACAGCAGAAAUUGAUAAAUUAAAUCCACAAGUAGGGGAAGAUGAGGCAACAUGUAUCACAAUACAUCCUGAUGAUGUGACUAUUGAAUCUACUCCCAAAAGUGAAGUGCCAACUGUAGUUGCAUCAGAACAGUCAUCUCCUACAGUUAAAAAAGAAAUUACUUAUUCUAAUAGAAGAAAAUCUCUAAUUGGAGAAUCUUCAAAAGGCGAGCUUUCAAAAAGAGUUGUUAUUAUGUUUAAGAAAAUUUUAAAAUUUGCAUUAUAUAUUUAUGAACUUGUCUGGAGAUUUUUAGAAAUUCACAUGAUUAAAAUAGUAAUGUUUUCUGUUGUUUGCCUUUCUACAUAUGAUGUAUGUGCUGUACAUUUCAUUUUUGUGGUCUUAGCUAUUAUUGCAUUACCAUUCAGAUCUAUACAUUCAUUCAUAUCUCAUUGUUGUGCUGUGUGGGCAGCUCUAUUAUUUCUUUCUAAAAUGAUUUACCAGUUACAGUCUAUGAAUUCAAGUGGAUGGUAUUCAAACUGUACAAGUAUGUCAAAUACAUCCAGUGAAUUUUUAAAAGCUAAUCAGCCAAUAGAUAAUAUGUUGUGGAUUGGAUUUCAAAAAACAAAUAACCUUUCAAAUUACUGCAAGGGCUAUAUUGGAUUACUUUUUGUUCUAACCUUUCAAGCUGUUGUGAAAAUACGACAAAAAGUAUCUAGGUACCAAAAUGGAGAACCUGAGCCAAAACCUGGUAUUAUGUUUCCAAAAAUUAAAAGAGAGCAUGCAGAUUGUGGUGUUCUUGAGUGCAUAAAGUUUAUGUUUAAUUAUUUCUUUUACAAAUUUGGAGUUGAGUUUUGCUUUGUGACAAUUGUAUCUUGUAUUGGAGUAAGAUUAGACGUUUACGCAGUUAUAUCAGCAGUUUGGUUAUGUGCUCUUUUCUUAUUACGUCGACAAACUCUUGCAAAAAUAUGGUGUUUUUAUGUGGCAUAUCUUUGCCUCUCACUUCCAUUUCAAUAUAUGCUUUGUGUUGGAAUUCCUCCAGGAUUUUGUAUUGACUAUCCAUGGGCUAAAUCAAUGAAUCCUGAAUUAAGAGAGUGGCUAUUUCUUCCUAACUUUUUUCCUCCUCCUAAUUCUUAUAAAAUAUUAGGCAAGUCCAUUAUAUUUUUAUAUAUAUUUUUUUAUAUUUAUUCAUUAAUUAUUAUUAUCUAUAAAUUUCAGGUGAUUGGCUGUGUUUUUAUGUCUCGUAUGUUAAAAAAUUAUUGCUGGGUAGUUCAAUUAUUUGGGAUUGCUUGCUUGAAAAAACUACCUGAAACAAAUUCAAAUCUACCUAAAUCUGAUAAAGAUUGUCAAGUACCAGUUGAUGAAGCAGGAUUAUUAUGGGAUGGAAUAUGUUUUGGAUUUCUGUUACUUCAAAAACGAUUGUUUGGAAGUUAUUAUUUUCAACAUCUUGUAAAUGAGAUUCGUGCUCAGCAAAUUUUAGCUUCAAGGGGAGCUGAAUUAAUCCAUGAAAUUCAAAUGAAGGAAGUUCAGGAACAAAGAAUGGCUGAAAAAGAAAUAAUGGAAAAGAUCAAAGCCAAAAUGGAUCGUAUUCGUGCUCAUCAGAAGAAAGGAAAAGAUGGUGAAUAUGAAGAGCCACCAACUCAUUUUCAAGCAAUUCGAUCUGGAGAUUAUGGUAUGUUUGAAGAUUAUUCUGAUGAAGAAAUUGAUUUAGAUAUAUCUAGUAAAAGUAAAGCAGAACCAGAUGAUGAUGAAACUGCUGAAGUCAAGCAACGUGGAUUGAAUGCAUUAUUAAGUCAAACAAUUAAGAGCAACCUGAAAUAUAAAGUGGAUGAUGCUAAAAAAGGAUCUGAAGAAGUAGACGAUGUUGGUGAUUCUAGUCAGUUAUCUCCUAUUGUCAGUGUUGAUCGAUCACCUGUUUCUCGAACUGUGUCUGGAUCAUCACGACAUCAGGGAUCUGAAUAUUCUCCUCGUGAUCAUCAUGAUACAGCUGUUCCAAGCACAAGUUCCUUCAGCCGGCAUCCAUCCGUGCAAACAAAAACUCGACAGUGCUCUGUUGAAGAUCAUGGUACUGUUUGCAUGGAAUCUGGAGAAAAAGAUUCUUAUUUAGAUGAUGAACCUAUAGAAGGUAAGGGAAAUAUUUUAUUAAGUCAAACAAUUAAGAGCAACCUGAAAUAUAAAGUGGAUGAUGCUAAAAAAGGAUCUGAAGAAGUAGACGAUGUUGGUGAUUCUAGUCAGUUAUCUCCUAUUGUCAGUGUUGAUCGAUCACCUGUUUCUCGAACUGUGUCUGGAUCAUCACGACAUCAGGGAUCUGAAUAUUCUCCUCGUGAUCAUCAUGAUACAGCUGUUCCAAGCACAAGUUCCUUCAGCCGGCAUCCAUCCGUGCAAACAAAAACUCGACAGUGCUCUGUUGAAGAUCAUGGUACUGUUUGCAUGGAAUCUGGAGAAAAAGAUUCUUAUUUAGAUGAUGAACCUAUAGAAGUUUCCAUUUGGAAACUAUUGGAAAUAAGGGAAGACACAUUAACUACACUAAUUUGCUUAUUACAGUUAUUAAGUCAAACAAUUAAGAGCAACCUGAAAUAUAAAGUGGAUGAUGCUAAAAAAGGAUCUGAAGAAGUAGACGAUGUUGGUGAUUCUAGUCAGUUAUCUCCUAUUGUCAGUGUUGAUCGAUCACCUGUUUCUCGAACUGUGUCUGGAUCAUCACGACAUCAGGGAUCUGAAUAUUCUCCUCGUGAUCAUCAUGAUACAGCUGUUCCAAGCACAAGUUCCUUCAGCCGGCAUCCAUCCGUGCAAACAAAAACUCGACAGUGCUCUGUUGAAGAUCAUGGUACUGUUUGCAUGGAAUCUGGAGAAAAAGAUUCUUAUUUAGAUGAUGAACCUAUAGAAGAAGAUUUUGAAUCAAAGCUGAAACGAUGGUUGGAAUUUUUAGGAGCAUUUAUAGAAAGUGUUUUUAUAAGUGCAACAGCAAAAUUAAAUUCCAUUUCCAAAGAUUAUCGUUUUGUGGCUAGACAGCUAUCGUUUGAAAAGAAAAAAUUAAAAGAAAAGUUUCAGCAAGAUUUUCAAUUGGAUGCUGAAAAUCUUUCAAAUAAAGAUGCAGCACUUACUUCAGAACCAAUAUCAAAGGAGAAUAACAAAUUGGAAAUAAAAAUCAAACUUCAAAAGGGAAGUCAAGAUUUAGCUCAAAGUGUUGAGCUAUUAGAUGCCUGUGAUGCUUUGGACAAAGAGUUUGAGAAAAGUCAUUCUACAUAUGUGCGAUUCUUUGUGGCAUGUUAUUAUGCUGCUGUUUCACGUUCAGAAAUACUGUGUUAUGUAAUUAUUGUAAUUAAUCAAAUGUCUUCAGCAAGUAUCUUAUCAUUGCCUUUACCUUUAAUGGCAUUUUUAUGGGGAACAUUAUCUGUUCCAAGGCCUACCAAAACAUUUUGGAUUACUAUUAUAACUUAUACAGAGGCCCUUGUAGUGGUAAAGUAUUUGUUUCAGUUUAAUUUCUUCCCAUGGAAUUUCCUAACUGUUUCUGGUCCAUUCUGGGCACCUCGUAUUCUUGGAAUAGAAAAAAAUGAAUUUUAUGCUGUAUUUGAUUUACUACUACUUCUAGUAGUAUUUUUCCACAGAUUUAUGUUAAAAAGUUUAGGAUUGUGGAAAGAUAGUGAUAGAAGCUCUACAGAUGAAGAUGAUGAUGAAACCCCAGAAAAAACAAUAGAAAGUGAAGACACAUUGGUGGUAGCUUUAGAAGAUAAAUUAGAAAAACUGGAUGAUUCUGAAAUAAAACCUUUAGUUGAUGAAAGAGAGAUAGAUGUUUCACUAAAGAAAAAUGAUUCCAUAGAAGAGAGAAAGGAUAUAGCGUGUGAUGGUAGUACCAAAAAAACAAGCUUUUUUGAUGGGAUGCUUCGUUAUUUUGAUCCAUUUAAACAAUUUUUUAAUAAUCUGUUAUUUCCUUCAUGUCGAGUAACAGUUGAUGUGUAUGCUUAUAUGUUUUUUUGUGAUUUCAUAAACUUUUUUAUCGUCGUUUUUGGAUAUUGGGCAUUUGGAGCUGGAAUUAAUAAAGGAGUAACUUCUUAUUUUGAAGAAAAUAAUGUUCCAGUUUCAUUUCUAAUAAUGCUGUUAGCACAAUUUGGUUUAAUUGUCGUAGACAGAGCAUUAUAUCUUAGGAAGCAUAUUUUAGGAAAAUUGAUCUUCCAAAUUUUUCUAGUUUUUCUUGUUCAUUUCUGGAUGUUCUUUAUAUUACCUGCUGUCACAGAUAAGUAAGUAGGAACUUUUUAG